AUGAAGGACCCCUUCUUCAUCGCGCCAAUUCCUUGGCUCGUCGACUGGGCCGAGCCAUGGUGCCAGCGCCUCGGCCUCCCCACGCUCCCGCUGCACAUCCACGAGGUCCUCGCCGCCGCUCUCCUCUACUUGGUCAUCUUCUGGCCUCUCUCGCCCAUCAUCUCCAGCGCCCUUGCUCCGCGCCACUAUGCCAAGCUGCCGCGCAAGAGGCGUCUCAACUGGGACGCCCACGUCGUCUCCAUGUUCCAGAGCGUCCUCAUCAACGGUCUCGCCAUCUGGGUCAUGUUCGUCGACGACGAGCGCCGCUCCAUGAACUGGGAGGAGCGCGUGUGGGGAUACACGGGCGCUGCGGGCAUGAUUCAGGCUCUGGCCGCCGGCUACUUCGUAUGGGAUCUCUUCGUCACCAGCUUGAACCUCGAUGUCUUCGGCCUCGGCACCUUGGCCCAUGCCAUCGCUGCGCUGCUCGUCUAUGCGCUCGGCUUCCGCCCCUUUGUCAACUACUAUGGCUGCAUCUUCAUCCUGUGGGAGCUCUCCACGCCCUUCCUCAACGUCCACUGGUUCAUGGACAAGCUUGACAUGACGGGUACUCGCGCCCAGCUUUACAACGGCUUCCUCCUGCUCUUCAGCUUCUUCUCCUGCCGCCUCAUCUAUGGCACUUAUCAGUCCUUCCUUGCCUUCCGCGACAUCUUGGCCGCCAUCAACAGCCACCCGACCCCCGGGCCCCGUGGCAACCCUGUCAUGUUCUUCGCCACCGACGACUCCACCGUCCCCUUCUGGCUCGCAGCCGUCUAUCUCGCCAGCAACCUCACGCUCAACAGCCUCAACUUUUACUGGUUCUUCAUGAUGAUCAGGGCUGUCCGGAAGCGCUUCGAACCCGGAAAGCAGCCUGUCACCGAGGUCGAGGUGGACCUCUCUUCCGUCACCUCUGGGGUCUCGAGCGACCUCAAGACUCAACCCCAGCGACGUAGAGGCUGA